AUGAGCGACGCGCUUCUUUGCAAUGAAUCCGACGAAGUUGAUAGCUCCGCGAAGAACAGCAUUCCGGAGCCGGAGAAGGAAAAUAGACAGUCUCCACCGGCGGUGAUUGCUGGAAGAAGCCGUUCUCAAGGAGGUGGACGGAGAGUGACGCCGACUAGCUUCACGGUGGUUUCUGACGGUAGAUCUGUUGUGGAGAGAGUUCUUCCUAACGGAGAUUUCUAUGUAGGAAGUUUCUCCGGGAACGUACCUAAUGGAUCCGGUAAGUAUCUCUGGACCGACGGUUGUAUGUAUGAAGGUGAAUGGAAGCGAGGAAAAGCUUCGGGGAAAGGAAAAUUUUCAUGGCCUUCGGGUGCGACUUACGAGGGAGAGUUCAAGUCGGGUCGAAUGGAAGGGUUUGGGACUUUCGUUGGAUCCGACGGAGAUACUUACCGCGGGUCAUGGAGUUCCGAUAGGAAGCACGGGUUCGGUCAGAAACGUUACGCGAACGGUGAUUUGUAUGAAGGUUGGUGGAAGCGUAACGUGCAAGACGGUCAGGGGCGUUACGCUUGGAAGAACGGAAAUGAAUACGUUGGAGAAUGGCGUAACGGCGUUAUUUCUGGUAAAGGUCAGUUGGUUUGGGUUAACGGAAACCGUUACGAGGGUCAGUGGGAGAAUGGUGUACCGAAAGGACAAGGAGUUAUGAAGAUUCAGCAUGGUUUGAAUUUCAAGGGUUCAAGCUGUGUUGGUGGUGGAUUGUUAUGGAAUGACAGUUUUGCCCCUAUGAUGAUGAUGAAGAGGUCUUCGGUUGAUACUGUUAGUGCUAGAGGGAGUUUGAAUGAUAAGAGUUUUCCUAGGAUUUGUAUUUGGGAAUCUGAGGGUGAAGCUGGUGAUAUCACUUGUGAUAUUGUUGAUAAUCUGGAAGCAUCCAUGUUUUAUCGCGAUGGGACGGCGUCUGAGCCUGAUGAAUUUCGGAAGCACCCUUGUUGUUUCUCUUCUGAAGUUAAGAGACCUGGUGAAAUUAUUUCUAAAGGGCAUAAGAAUUAUGAGUUGAUGCUCGAUUUGCAAUUGGGGAUUAGGUAUACUGUUGGGAAGGAAGCGUCUAAAUUGCGAGAGCUUAAACCUAGUGAUUUUGAAUCUAAGGAGAAGUUCUGGACAAAGUUUCCACCCGAAGGAUCCAAAAUUACCCCGCCCCAUCAAACUGCAGAGUUUCGAUGGAAAGAUUACUGCCCUGUUGUUUUUAGACAUUUGAGGAAGCUGUUUCAGGUUGAUCCUGCUGAUUACAUGUUGGCUAUAUGUGGGGAUGAUGCUCUCAGAGAACUUUCCUCUCCUGGGAAAAGCGGAAGUGUCUUCUACUUGACCCAAGAUGACCGAUUCAUGAUUAAGACAGUGAAGAAAUCUGAAGUCAAGGUCCUUCUUCGGAUGCUUCGAAGCUAUUACAAACACGUGUGUAAUUAUGAGAAUUCACUCGUGACAAAAUUCUACGGGGUACAUUGUGUAAAACCAAUCGGAGGCCAGAAGAUCCGGUUUAUUGUAAUGGGAAAUCUUUUCUGCUCUGAGUAUCCAAUUCAUAGAAGAUUUGAUUUGAAAGGAUCUUCACAUGGUCGUGCAACAGACAAACCUGAGGAUGAGAUUGAUGAAACUACCACCCUCAAGGACCUUGAUCUAAAUUAUGUGUUUCGGGUUCAAAGAAAUUGGUACCAGGAUCUUAUUAAACAAAUUGAGCAUGAUUGCGAAUUUUUGGAAACCGAGAAAAUUAUGGAUUACAGUCUUUUGGUUGGCCUUCAUUUUCGCGAUGACAAUACGUAUGACAAAAUGGGGUUGUCACCUUUUCUUUUGCGCACUGGCAAUCAGGACUCGUAUCAUAAUGAGAAGUUUAUGCGUGGUUAUCGCUUUCUUGAAGCAGAGCUGCAAGAUAGGGAUCGGGUUAAAUCUGGAAGGAAAUCAUUAAUUAGGCUAGGAGCCAAUAUGCCAGCAAGAGCCGAGAGACUAGCAAGAAGGAGUGAUUUUGACCAAUACACCAAUGGCGGAAUCAGCCAUUUGAACCCUUAUAGCAGUGGGGAGACUUAUGAUUGCGUUUUAUAUUUUGGAGUUAUCGAUAUUUUGCAAGACUACGAUAUUAGCAAGAAGCUUGAACAUGCUUACAAGUCCUUGCAAGUUGACCCAACUUCAAUUUCCGCGGUUGAUCCAAAGCUAUACUCAAAGAGGUUUCGAGAUUUUAUCGGGAGAAUAUUCAUUGAAGAUUGGUAG